AAUAAAAGUAAACAAAUAAUGUCCUUUACAUCGGUAUAGCAGUUUCUAUACUUCAUGUAAAACCGUUGAACCUAUUUUCAAACAUAUUAACUGAUAACAUUAUGUGAAGUGUUUAAAAUCGAUAUGAUCAAAACUGAACGUGAUUUAAGAACUAGCCUAGUAGUAUUGAUCUGUUAAUCAAUCAAGCGUUUAUAUAUUGAUUGAUCUAUGUAAAACCGAAAACGGAAGUUAAUUAAAUUUUUUCAAUAAAUAACACAUUCAAACGUUUUUUAAAAUUUAAUACGUUAACUUGACUGCAAAAUUAAAGUUACAUUUUGCUUUAUUUCAAAAUUAACUUUGUCGAUUUCGGUAUUUAAAAUUAGAUAUUUGCCACAUAAUUAUGUCAUCAAAACCUAUAGAAAAUGUGGAUACAGACAAAGUCGGGGAUUAUUUAUUAUAUUUGAAAACAAACAAUGCCAGGACAGACAAGGCACUUGACGAGGCUAUAAAUGAACAAAAAGAGUUCAUGGAAUCAUUUAGGAGGUAUAAAAAAUUCUACGUAGACCACCAGAGCUCAUAUUAUAAAAUCAAGCAGGAAAAAGAGGAAAAACAGUUAUCAAAGGAUUCUCCAAAUCUUGUUGGCAGGUUACGGAAAGAAAAAGAAGAUCUUGCAUUUAAAAAUGAAUCAUUGCUGAAGCAGAAUGAAGAACUUAAAACGAGAUUAAGUACAUUGGCUGGACAUAAAAUGCAAGAUGGUAACCCAAAUAUUACUGAUUUAAGCGAUCCAUUUCGACCAACAAAAUUGGCGGAAAAGUUUAGAGAAGUAUAUGAUGAAGAAUGGACUCGCUCGUUUGAAGAGUUGGACGUGUUUUUAAAGGAUGAGAUGAAAGUUAUUGCUACUUUAAGAUACCUCAUGUCGCAAGUUGAGAUAUUUUGCACUAGAUUCAGCGAAAAACAGAUCAAGGACAUAGCACGUACUUGUACAGAUGAAAUAGUGAAUCCAAAAGUUGUGACUGAUGAAAAUCAAACGCUUCGAUGCAAAACCCCUUCAGAAAUGUCUAAUGGACAGAAGGAAACAGCCAAGAAAAUAAUUCAUGACCUAAGAAAGUCAGUGGGAGUACUUUCGGUCAGGCCAUUGGUUCAGAUAUUUGAUGGCUGGUUUAUGUGUAAUCUUAGAAAGAUAAAUAAACUACCACCAUCUUCAAGGGAAACUGACGCUUUUGUAGCUAAAACAUUUGAAAUAGUAUGGCUGAUGAAAAUUCAAAAUCCGCAAAUGGAAACACAAUGGCAGUCACAAGAUGAAAAGUGCGACAAAGAUAAAUUUACUUUCUACACAAAAAGGGGAGAUAUUGUCAGCCAAACAGUAUGGCCGGCUGUGUUACUGCACAAGAAUGGCCCUUUGAUGUCAAAAGGGAUAUUACAAGCAAAAUAAUAGCCGUUGAUAACAAAAGAAAUCUUGCCAGUUAAAUGAUGAACAUCGAUGUCAAUAACAAACCCAAAAACAAAACAAACAAACAAAAAAUCGCAUCUUUUUAGGAGAAAAUUUUACUGUAUCUUUUGACAGUAUCUCUUUAUCAAUCUUUUCUCGAUAAGUAGUGUUUGGUGUUUUAUUAUUGGUAUUAUGCAUGUGCGUAUAUCAUCAAUAAAAAUAUAGAAUAGAAAAGGGCAAUGGAGUGAAGAGUAAAUGCAACAAUUAUGCGAGCAAUUGUACUUCCACAUUACACUAAAAUUAAUCCAUAAAGAAGUGAAAUGAAACAUAUCGUUCUUGCGGUACAUGAGACAUUGUGAAUGUUAUAUAAGAUUGACCUUUUUGGUCAAUAUGCAUGCGCAUGCCUUUAAUUUAAAGAUAUCAAACACCAUCAUAUAGUAUUUUUAUCAGCUUUCUUACAUAAUAUUUUUAUCAGCUUUAUAAACAAAAAUAGUUGCAAAUCUUGAAUACGGUAAUGCACUUGUUUUUGUGAUAUUUUUAAAACAAUAGGAACCAAAAUAUGAUGAAGAUUAAUACUGUCAUACAUCCAGUAAUAGGAGAGUAAUAAAAAAAAUGAUAGUCGCAGAAUCGGGCUGAUUGUUUUAAUAAGCAAUAAUGCAAAGUGCUGCUUUUCUCAUGACUCUUAUACCGGUCUCAGUAAAGUGUUAACUUUGUCCAGAUUUUUUAAAAUCUUAAACAAGUAUUAAACUCAAUAAUUUAAUUAAAAGGUCAAUCGUUUUGACAGACAUCGUUCAUACAUCCUGUUUCAUCAAUAUCAUUUUAAUGGAUGCAGGUUUUUAACCGAAAUCCGAAACAAGCCGUAACGAUCAAUGCACAAUUAUCCAGGUUUCUCGCCUAACAACUGAUACAGUCAAAAACUUAAACAUAAACCUUUAAUCACAAACGUGAAAUAAAUGUAUGUCAUAAUCACCAUAAACAAACUCGUAAGUAAUUAUCUCCCACCAAACAAUCAAUAAUGCAUGUCCAACUUUUCGUUUUCUAAUA